AUGGAGAAAACAUUAGCCAUAUUCAAUGUGUUAUGUGUUUCUCUGAUCUGCCUAAGUCUCUAUGUUGCACCGGCAGACGCCUACGGUAGAAAGCAACUCCGGUUUAACGCAAAUGGCCGGUUUAAGAUUCUGCAGGUGUCAGAUAUGCACUACGGUAACGGCAAGGAGACCAAAUGCUCAAACGUACCACCAGAAGAAUUUCCUUACUGCUCUGAUCUCAACACCACCUCCUUCAUUCAACGGACCAUCGCUUCCGAGAAACCCGAUCUCAUCGUCUUCUCCGGUGAUAACGUAAAUGGAUUGUGCGAGACAAAUGACGCGGCAAAAACGAUGAAAAUGGCAUUUGCCCCAGCCAUCGAAGCGAAGAUUCCAUGGGUGGCUAUUCUAGGGAAUCACGACCAAGAAUCAGACAUGACAAGAGAAACAUUGAUGAAAUACAUCGUGAAAAUGCCUUACACGUUGUCUCAAGUAAACCCUGGGGUAUUCCCCAUUGACGGUUUUGGUAACUACAAUCUACGAGUCGAGGGUCCUUUUGGCUCCCCUCUCUUCUUUAAAUCACUUCUCAAUCUUUAUAUGGUGGAUGGUGGAGAUUACGUCAAACUCGAUGGGUUUAUUUAUAAAUACGAUUGGGUUAAGACCUCACAACUUAACUGGUAUGAAGACGCUUCUAAAUGGCUAGAGUUGGAAUACAAGAGCUGGCCAUUUCCACAGAAUAGUACGGCACCGGGGUUGGUUUACGAUCACAUUCCAGUACCGGAAUUCAAACAGUUCAACGACUCGAAGGUGAUGACUGGAGUGAGACACGAAGAUACAUGUUCUCCACCUGUCAACUCUGGUUUAUUCACCAAACUUGUCGAAAGAGGUGAGGUCAAAGGUGUUUUCAGCGGCCACGACCACGUUAAUGACUUCUGUGGGACACUAGAUGGAAUCAGCCUUUGUUACGCUGGUGGUGCCGGGUAUCAUGGGUACGGAAGGACUGGAUGGGAAAGGAGAGUGAGAGUAGUUGAAGCUCAUCUUGAGAAGACUAAGAAUGGACGUUGGGGAGCCGUUGAUAAAAUUUUAACGUGGAAACGACUCGAUGAUAAGAAUCAUUCUUUGAUUGAUACUCAACUUCUAUGGUCCAAGAACAUGACUCUUGAAGCAAAUUAUACGUUUAGAUGCAAUUUUAUAAAACAGCACUGA